GACUUUCUAGGUUCAUAACCACAGUGACGCUUUUCAUAGUUUGAUCAUCAAACUUUACUAACCGGAAUUAUGCCUGCAUACUCUUUUGACUGCAAUUCGUAUAUGACAAAUAGUGCUAUGGGGCAUGAUCAAGAUAUUCAUUACAAAAUGUCGAAAAAAAUAGCCCAGCUGACAAAAGUUAUUUGCAUGCUAAAUUCACGCAGUGAAGAUUCAGUUGACUUACUAAAACAGAAAUCUAAGCUGCAUGAGUUUGAAAUUAAUGAAUUAAAAAAUUCCUACAACUCAAAGAUAAGAGACCUGGAAGCAAGUCUGGAAAAGGAGAGAAGCAUCAGCAGUACGAUGUCACGUUUGGAAAAGUGUGUCGAAGAAAAGGAUUUAAAGAUAAUAGACAUAGAAUCUAAGUACAACCAGCUUCUCGAUGAGCAUCACUUAAAAGAAGAAUCGAUGAAAGUGAAAUAUGAUGAGGAAAUCGUGAAGCUUCAACAGACUUUAGUUGAAUAUCAAGAAAGAUAUAACAAGGAACUAAAUUCAGUCCAGCAUUUGGCUGAGCAAUGGAAAUCUCAUCAAUGCCCAAGCGUUGAACCAAUUUUAAAUGAAAAAUUACAACUUGAAGCCAAAUUGGAAAACUUAGGAGAAAAAUAUUCAUCUUUAGAAAUGGAAGUUGAAUGUCGAAUAAAAGUUCUUACAGAUUCGUAUGAACAUAAAAUUCAAGAAAUGGUUAAAAGUGUUAAAGAUGAAGAAGCUCAAAAACAGAACCAACUUUUGGCAAUCAAUAAAAACCUUUUGAAUGAUUUGAAAAACCAACAAUAUAUCUACGAACAAUUGGUGAUAAAAAAUAAUGAAGAGAAAAAUGAACUGACCAAUCAUGUGAAGAAUACGACGGAGAACAAUUUAAAUAACCACUGGCAGGAUAGAUUAAACCAAGAAAGAGAUGAAUUUCAAAAUCAAUUAUCUAAAUUGCACAAGUCAAACGAAGAAAUAAAAUAUAAUUUAGAAAAUCGUAUUCAAAGUCUAGAGUCGAAAUAUGAUCAAGUAACUGUUAUUUUGUUUGUAUGUGAGUGUUUGUAUUCGAAUGUUGGUCUGAACUCUUCAGGAAGUUGGAAUGGAAUGCAUCAUUUUUUAGAUUAGAAUAAUCGUAUCCUAUCAUCUCGAAGAAAGCUUAUAAUAUCUAUGUCACCUCCUUUUAAAAGCGUAAAUAUGAGGGGAGAAUCGGAUAGUAGUUUUUAGUUAGUCAGUGGUUUUCAUGACGGAAUGAAUUUAGUUAACUCAUUACUGAAAAUCUGGAAGGCCUGAAUGAUGAGUUACCUUAUCCUAUUUUAGGACUCCAUAGAAGCUUUCCAGAUCACACUACUUUGUGAUAACAGCUGUCAUAGAAUCAGUUGGUUCCAUGCAAACAACUGCUUGUAAUAUUUGUUAGAUAUUCACCAGUGAAUGAAUUAUGAAUAUAUUUCUUGAUGUCCUGAGAGGAAACCACGAAGUUUGGCAGACGCGUACCGUUGCCAACGAAUAAUAUAGGUGUUUAAUUGCGAAUUAACUCGAUUGGUAAGAUGAGUACUUUAGCGUUCUCAGCCAGUAGCUGAACGACUGUCAGAUUCUAUAAUCCUGCACUUUAUUAGAUAUUGAAUUGUGGGUUGUGGGUGCGCAAUUAUGAGAGGUUUUAAAAUCAGAUAAGACCAUUUUCUGUUGCACAAUGCUUUGGAGAUUAAAUAUGGAACCCAUCAAUAGUGUGCAUUCGUGAUCCGAUUGUCUACAUAUGUCAAGGUAAUUCCUUUCUGCAAUUUCUUGAAAUUGUUGAUAUGAGAUAUAUUACAAGAACGUUUCAAAAAUUCAUCCCAAAGGUGGUCUGAAUCAUCUUCUCAGUUGUUACAGCGGUCACCUAAUUCUCCAUUACAUACAGUAGGACUCUCUUGAAGUUAUUAUUGAUGACUGUAAACUCACUUUGCAUUGACAAUUCCUAAGAGUCCUAGAUACCUUUUAGUUGCAGAAGGAUCAGUUUUGUUUUCAAUCUUGAUAUUGAUACCACUGCCGUCACUUCUCACACCGCAAAAAGCACUGCUGUAGCGGAUGAUGGCAUUCCUCUAAGAGGUUCUCAUUCUAAUAGAACUCGAUAGUUCAUUGAAAUGAUCUUGAACACUCUGGUUUCUUUUUGUUUUGCAUGACGUCUUAGCAACACUAACUGUACUUUUUUUCAGUUUCUCGAUUGUACACCUUUCGUGAAGUUGGAAACUUCUCAUGGAAACAUCUCUUAUUUUUUAUAUCAGCUGAAAACAGAGUACGGAAAUUAUCAGCAGAAAACGAAACUGGAAUGUGAGAGACUCCGUAAAGAAAUUGAAGACUUGCAUAUUGUUGAAGAGAAUU